UGGUCAUUAUAGCGGACAACACGUGACCAACACAUGGAUCAGUCAAGUGGUGAUCAAUUCAAACACAAAAGGGCAAUGAUGUCGACGAAUGACAUGAAUGGCACUCAUGAGGAAUAUCCGAAAGACUCGUUGGACAGAUUCGGUGAUGACUUGUGUGGACUCGUGUUGUCUUAUCUGUCACUGAAAGACAGCUUCAGAUAUGAAUGUCUGUCCAAACAGUGGCGGAGAAGUAUUCAUCGGAAGAGACAUAAUCUUGUGAUGAACUCAUGUUUGCCAAAGACUGAUCACUACAUUGAUGUCGAGCGCAUGGAUUCGCAGAUAUUUUCAUCAGUGGUUAAGAAGUUACCAAACAUUACACGCAUUGAGAUAACAGUGAAAUCGGAAGCAACGGAACGGGUGUUUGAAGUACUCAUGAAGUCAUACAAACACUUGAAGACAAUUAAAGUCUGGUUUUGUGGGAGAAAUGACACCCAAAUAGCGAACCGACUGUUUGAGACAUACGGCUCACGAAUGACUCAAAUACUGGUGCCAUCGACACCCGUAUUAAAAGUGUUUAAGCGGUACACCAAUUACACUAAAUUGACACAACUGUCCUCAUAUGGAGGCGCGCUCUUGGAGUUGAGGGAUAUAUUCAAUGAUAACAACGAGUUGUUGUUUAAGGGUUUGACUGCAUUUCAAUGCAAUUAUACCCCAAAUGACAACAAUUUGAAACUCUUGUCGACAUUUGUGUCACACUAUAAGAACAGCUUAAAGACAUUGGAUAUAAGCAUUUAUAACCUGUUGAGCGAUCAUUAUAUCCAAUCAUUGAAAGUGUUGUCUGAAUUGAAAGCAUUGCGUGGAUUGACAUUCCGUACAAACCUUUUUAAGACCAAUCACUAUCUAAUCGACUAUCACUGCCAAGAGUUUGUCAAUCAAUGGCCACAACUCAAGAGAUAUCAAUUGAUUAUAACUAUCCAAUCGGUACCUCAGUUGAGACUAUUGUUAGAGUCGUUUAAUCGUAAGAAAGGCUUAAGACAUUUGAGCCUAUUAUUGAGACUCGAAUACUGGAUCAUCUCAUCUGAAAAGUGUUGGGAUUUGUCGCUCAACUCAUUGUCCGGAUUGAAACGAUUACAGCAUUUGGACAUUGAUUUCGAUAGUGUAGUCGUAAACCCGGGGUUUUUCUAUGCUAUCGACACAUAUUUGCCACGACUUAUGACAUUGAGAUUUGUCUCCAUGACUGAGAUGAGCGCCGGUAUCAAGGAAUCGGUGGAACGGCUGCCAAAAUUGGCAAAGAUGUCAUCCAAUGGUCAGAGCAUUAGUGGAGAAAAAUACGCGAAGGACUCGAUCGACAGAUAUGGCGAUGACUUGUGUGGACUCGUGUUGUCUUAUCUGUCCUUCAAAGAGAACUUCCAAUAUGAAUGUCUGUCCAAACAAUGGCGAAAAAGUAUUCAUCGGAAACAACACAUACUUGUGGUGAACACAUUUCCAUCCGGUCACUCGAAGCACCACUACCUCGAAGUGGAUCGCAUGGUGGGUCCCAAGGAAGAAGACCGCAUGGAUCUCCCGGCAGUGAAGUCAGUGGUCAAGAAGUUACCAAACAUUACAUCCCUUGAGAUAACAGUGAUAUUGGAAACAACGGAACGGGUGUUUGAAGUACUUAUGAAGUCAUACAAACACUUGAAGACAAUUCACCGGACAUACGGCUCACGAAUGACGCAAAUAGACAUUCCGAGGUAUUUGGUGCCUGUGUUGACACGAUAUAUCAAUUCAUACGCCAAACUCACACAACUGUCUUAUUGCGGUCGCAUUCACUUAAAGUUAAAUGAUUUAUUCAAUGGUAACCACAAGUUGGUGGUCAAGGGUUUGACUGGAUUUGAGUGCAGUUAUUAUGACUCUGAAGACACUUUGGAUUGCUUUGUUGUCGACUAUCACUGCAACGAGUUUUUCUAUCAAUGGCCACAACUCCAGAGAUAUGAAUUGGAGAUCACGUACACAACGGUUCCUGCGUUGAGACGAGUGUUUGAGUCCGUGAAUGGUAUGAAAGGAUUACGACGACUGCGACUAAUAUUCAGACUUGUGUUCAGGACCAGUAGAAUACAUUUGGACAUUGAUUUCGACGACUUACUCAUAAGCGAGAGCUUCUUCGAGUAUAUCCACAUAUAUUUGCCACGACUUAAGACAUUGAGAUUCAGAGCUCAACUCGAGAUGAGCGCCGGUGUUAAGGAAUCGCUGGAAAGGCUCCCAAAACUAGAAUUGUUUGAAUUUUCUAAUGAUAAACAUAAGCCAUACCAGAUAAUAGUCAUUCCACACACAUAUUGA